ACCUGCUGGGCUCUUCCGUGCAUGGCUCCUGUCCCCUUUGCCUGAGUGCCCGCGGGUCCCCAGCCUGCCCCUCGUCUGUGGGUGCUGGCCCUGCGGCUGCCUCUUAACGCCCAGAAGAAAGCCCACCGGCCCUGGGGACCCCAGUGCCUGCUUCUCCCAGCCCGAGGGGACCCAGACCCCGAGCCUGGCCACAUGUCUCCAGUCACACAGGGAGCCCUGGCUGCUCUUCCCGCGUGCCCCAAGCUCUGAGCCUGGUGGGGCACUGGCCACGUGCUCCGGGUCAGCCCACCCAGCUGUGGCUCAAGCCUCCAGCCUCGGCGUUCUCCAGUCUGUGGGAUCUGGUGUUUCUUCUCCAAGCCCCAGAAGCCGCCUCGACCCCUCUAUUUGAGGUUCCAGCCAGGUCUGGGGCCUUUCGACAUCCUGAGAAAGGAAACCCAGCCCCACCCACUCCCUGCAAGCCCUGCGGCUCGGCCGCCUGCCUCGGCUCUGCCUCCCUGGAAGCCGUGCUGCGCCCCGGCCCACCCCGGAAGGACGAUGAUGUGGUCCAACUUCUUCAUGCAGGAGCAGGGCCGGCGUCGGCGGGCUCGGGAGCAGCGGAGGCCCGGGCUGACGCCGGAGCUCGAGGGCAAGGUCAAGCUGGUGCUGCUGCUGGCCGCCGUGGGCGCCACGCUGGCCGUGCUGGCCGUGGGCACCGAGUUCUGGGUGGAGCUCAACACCUACAAGGCCAACGGCAGUGCCGUCUGUGAGGCUGCCCACCUGGGGCUCUGGAAGGUGUGCACCAAGAGACUGUGGCAGGCCGAUGUGCCCACAGACAGAGAGACCUGCGGCCCCGCGGAGCUGCCCGGAGAAGCAAACUGCACCUAUUUUAAAUUCUUCACCACGGGGGAGAACGCCCGUAUCUUCCAGAGAACCACCAAGAAAGAGGUCAGCGUGGCAGCUGCAGUGACAGCCGUGCUGGGCCUGGCAGUCAUGGCCCUGGGGUGCCUCUCUGUCAUCAUGGUGCUCAGUAAAGGUGCAGAGUUCCUGCUCCGAGUGGCAGCUGUGUGCUUUGGCCUCUCAGGCCUGCUGCUACUGGUGAGCCUGGAGGUGUUCCGCCAUUCCGUGCGUGCCCUGCUCCAGGGGGCCAGCCCCGAGCCCCCCGCGGCCCCACCGCUGGCCUUCGAGUACUCGUGGUCCCUGGGCUGCGGCCUGGGCGCCGGCCUCAUCCUGCUGCUGGCCGGCGUCUGCUUCCUGCUGCUCACCCUGCCCGCCCAGCCCUGGGGCUCCCUCUGUGUGAAGCGGGGGCCGGGGGCCACCUAGGAGAGCCAGCGGCCUGCUUCCUCAAGGCCUCCUCUUCCUCCCGUGACCCUCCCUGUCGGGCCCCACCCCGUGUCCUCACCUUUCCUCUGUGACCGUGGCUUUCCUCUGUGGCUGGAUUGGAGUGGCUUGCGCGUGGGAGGGGCUGAGGCUUUUUGCAAACGAGGGUCCCCAGGGAAGGCCGGUGGGGA